AUCGGAUGGUGUUUAUGAGCAAAACCAAGUGACACAAAAGAGGUGGAAGCCAAAAGAGGUAUAGUAGAGGAAGAGCUACAAACUUAACAGGUACAGCAGUAGCAGCAGCCAUGGCGAGCGCAGUGGCCUCCUCGCUCUCCUCGAUCGCUAGCACCAAGGCCACUAUCACGACGAACAGGAACAGGAAGGCCGGGGGAGUGAGCUCGGUGGUGAGGUGCCAAGCCAGCGAGAAAAAGGACGAAGUGAUCAAACGCAGGGCCAUGGUUGCGAGUGUGGGAGUGGCACUCUUGUCCAUGGUUGCCACUGGAGCUGCCAAGGCUAUUCCGCCGGUUCCAGAGGGCGAGCCAAAGCGCGGCACCAAGGAGGCCAUCAAGAAGUAUGCCAACAUUUGCCGAUCCAUGCCCACUGCUGCGGUGUGUCAUGGCUGAGCUCGAGCAAGCUCGAGUUCCAGCGUGCUACCAGAGCUUACUCAUUUGGGUUCUCCAGUGGUCUGGUCUAUGUAAAGAAAAAUUUCUUCCAUGUGCAAUUAAAUGGAAAGACUUUUACUGUGAAAAGGUAGUUAAGCAGUAAUGUUUAACUUAAUUACCUUUUGACUUAAUGCACUAUUUAAUUUGAUGAA